UGUUUCUUCUUCUUCGCUUGGCGCCCUUCUCCAAAUACCUCCACAACUUCCAUCUAGCCACUCGUAUCUUCUCCACCCUGUUCCGUUCUCAGUCUAUAAAGUGCGUGGCAACUAAGCAAAAAUGGGGAUCAUAGAGAGGAUUAAAGAAAUCGAAGCAGAGAUGGCUCGUACCCAGAAAAAUAAAGCCACAGAGUAUCAUCUUGGUCAGCUCAAGGCAAAGAUAGCAAAGCUAAGGACACAAUUAUUGGAGCCUCCUAAAGGUUCAAGUGGAGCUGGAGAUGGUUUUGAAGUUACAAAAUUUGGCCAUGGACGUGUUGCACUUAUUGGAUUUCCCAGUGUGGGGAAGUCGACACUUUUAACAAUGUUGACAGGCACACAUUCAGAAGCUGCAUCAUAUGAGUUCACAACACUUACCUGUAUUCCUGGGAUUAUACAUUAUAAUGAUACCAAAAUUCAGCUGCUUGACCUUCCUGGGAUUAUUGAAGGUGCUUCUGAAGGCAAGGGACGUGGGAGACAGGUUAUUGCUGUUUCCAAGUCUUCAGACAUAGUGUUGAUGGUUCUUGAUGCCUCAAAAAGUGAGGGUCAUCGACAGAUAUUAACAAAGGAACUAGAAGCGGUGGGUUUGCGCUUAAACAAGAAACCACCUCGAAUUUAUUUCAAGAAGAAAAAAACAGGGGGCAUCUCUUUCAACAGCACUCUGCCUCUAACACAUGUAGACGAGAAGCUUUGUUAUCAGAUUCUACACGAAUACAAAAUUCACAAUGCAGAGGUCCUAUUUCGCGAGGAUGCAACGGUGGAUGAUCUUAUAGAUGUGAUCGAGGGUAAUCGUAAAUACAUGAAGUGCAUAUAUGUCUAUAACAAGAUAGAUGUUAUAGGUAUUGAUGAUGUGGACAAGUUAGCUCGCCAGCCAAACUCUGUUGUCAUUAGCUGCAAUUUAAAGCUCAACUUUGACAGACUACUUGCAAAAAUGUGGGAAGAAAUGGGGCUCGUGAGAGUCUACACAAAACCACAAGGCCAGCAACCUGAUUUUACUGAUCCUGUAGUUCUUUCAACUGAUAGAGGCGGGUGCAUGGUUGAAGACUUCUGCAAUCACAUACACAGAAAUUUAAUCAAGGAUGUGAAGUACGUGCUAGUGUGGGGUACAAGUGCAAGGCACCUCCCACAGCACUGUGGCCUUGGUCAUGCUCUCCAUGACGAGGAUAUGGUCCAGAUUGUUAAGAGAAAGGAAAAGGAAGAGGGAGGAAGGGGUCGGUUCAAAUCACAUUCAACAGAUCCUGCUCGCAUAUCUGACAGAGAGAAGAAAGCUCCAUUGAAGACAUAAGAACAUCAGAGGUGUAACCAGAGUACGACGGUCUUAAAAAAAAAUGCAGGGAUGCGAGUGACCAUGAAGUUUCAAAUAAUGCCAUCUGUGGAGAAGAUGAAACAUGCGGCCAAGAUUUCAAAGAAGUGCAUCGGCAUUCUUGGAGAUGAUUGAAUUAGAAAAGUUCGUUGGGAAAAAUUUGGGACAACUACAAAAUCCAUAAUAAGAGUGGGUCAAGUAUCGUGGCUAGUAAUAAUUUAUCUGACAGUCGUAGAUCAAAACUUCAAAUGAUCGGACCCUUUUCACAAGCUGUUUUGGUGUGCUUUUGGGCUUAGGCUGUCAUGUAUGUUUUUGUAAACCAAGUCUAGGUAAUAACUUGACGUAUGUUAAUGAAUGCAUGAAAAGGGAUAAUCAUGUAGUUUUUUUUUUUGCAUAUGAUUCUAUUGUAACUCAUACCUGCUGAUCUUUGAUAUUUAUACU